AAAAUAUCAGCUAAAUAAAUAGGCAAAUACCUAUUAAUAACCUAUUAAUAAUAUUCUGUACAAUGGCUAAAUUCAUUGCAAUUUUGUGUUUUGUGGCUGUUAUUAGUUUCGUAAAAGGCGAUAAUAACAAUGCUGAUUUAACUGAUUUAAGGAACAAAAUUCAACAAUUUGUCAAGAAUAAUCGACAAGACCUUGUAAACGUACUUCAGGAACUUGGUCUACCAUCAUUAGAUCCAAUUUCUAUACCACAAUCUUUCAACAUCGAUAUUUUUAAUGAAUAUCAAGCAACUGUUUCAGACAUAACUGUAACAGGUUUGUCUUCAUUUUACGAUGAUUCUUUGGUAAUUUUAACUAGUGGACUCUUAGGGGCAGUAAGAGUUCCUAAAAUAUCAAUACAAGGAACUCUUGAUUUACCUCAAUUUGAGUAUACAGCCAAUAUUCAAGCAGCAUUUUCAGAAGUUAUAUUUGCAAUUUUUGGGCAGUUAUCAGAAACAAAUGAUCAAAUUGCAAUAAACGAUUUACAAGCAAAUGUAUUUUUAUCCAGCGAUUCUUCAGCGGUAAAAGUGGUUGGCAAUAACAUUCUUUUCGAUAGUUUGGUUAAAAAUUAUUUAACAUCUAAUUUAAAAGAAAUACUUGGAAAUGGAAAUGGAAUUAACUCAGGACUAACCGAUAUUUUAAACACUUAUCUACAACCAUUUGUUAAUAAAAUAAACUCAUUAUUAGCAUAAACCAUUGUACAGAACAAAGUAUUCGACAAUAAAUUAUAACUAU